CGUUUUUUUUCUUCUUUACUUUUUUCUUUAAAUGUCUUUAUUUCAAAGCAUGGUUGUAUCGGAAGUUCGACACUAUGAUCAUGAAAAAUCAAAUCGGAAUCACUUACUACUACCAACAGCAGCAACAGCAACAACACAGAAAACAAAUUCAAAAAAUGAUAGCUGUCCACCGUCCUAUUUGGAAGUGCUAGCAGAGAAGUUUCAACAGCAACAACAACAACAACAACAACAACAAUGUACAACAUGGGAUAAAAAGUUGCAUGAAACAAAUGAUUUAUUAAAGUCUGUAAAAGAUACAAGGCUUGUGAUGGAUUCAUUCAACUACUGCUGUCAAAAGCUUGAACAUCUUGAACAAAAAUUGAUUUCAAUAUCCGAAAUUUACAGUGAUACAACAUUCGAUAAUAUAUUGAGCCAAUCGGAUCAAGCGUACCAAAAAGAUGCAAAUGACAGCUUGACCCGUAUGAAUCAUUCACUUGAAAAACUGAUUCAGGAAGCAGAGAUGAGUUUGAAUACGCGUCCUCAUGCAUAUAUGAAAAAAAAUCGUACCUGUCCAAAGUUCUCCACCAAGUCAGAAUCGGCCGACAAAAUCCGUCAAACUCAACAAAGACAACAAAAGAAAAGAUAUUUACAAAGUCAAUGGAAAUUGGCUAUUGCAAUGAAACAGUUUGUCGAAACUGUUCAGAAUACUACGGAUAAUAAGAUUCAGACAAUUCAACAUAAUCAUAUUCAUCACCAUUACCAUCACCAUUACCAUCUUUAUGAACAUACCACCAGCAUACAAGAAGAAACAUUUAUGAUUACACAAGAGGAAGAGCCCGUUAAAAAAAUGACCAGGAGUUCAUCUUCCUUACAAUCUCUUUUCAAAUAUGCACUUCAUACAGUCGGAAUAAUUCCCCAAGUAGAGAAGCCGGUUGUAGUAACAACUCAUCUAUCACAACCCAUCAAAUUUCGAACUAUGUUUUUGGCAACGUUGUUAAUCUUAAAAAAGUUUAACAAGAGUCCUAUUUGGAUUAAACGCGGAAAAAUGAUUUCAACCCAAUGGAAAUCUAAGCAUCGUCAAUGGAGUUUAUGGACAAAAAGAUCACGUUUAUUAUUCUUUGUCCUUUAUUUGCUUGCUGUUAGAAUCAAUACCAAAUUGUAAAUAUUUUUAUACCGAAACACAACAUGUAAAUAAUAAACAUCAUAUGCACCCCCCCUUUUUUUUAUA